AUGCAUUUCACUAAGGUCCUCACUUCCGCCCUCCUCUUCACCCUGUCCUCUGUGGCCAUCGCUGCCCCCAACCCUGACCCUCUCGAGGGCCGCAUUUCGGAGCUGGAGCGCCGCACCGAGGAGCUGGUCGCUCGCGCUGGCUGGACUUGCUCUAUUGGUGGCGACGUUGCUUGCCAGGCGAAGUGUGUUGGCCUGGGGAAGUCCGGCGGAUUCUGCAACGACGAGAAGUGA